AUGUCUGUGGUUAAGAGUCAUUUGUUAAAGAAUGGAGUUUUUCCUGGUUGUGAUGAUUACUGUGCUGCUUGUACUGUAACUGCAAAUGGGUGUGUAAUGUUGAGGGAGACGGUUCAGAAAAUGGUGGAUGAGGGAAGUCUCCGAUUCGAGAAAGUUGCUUUGGAGAAUGAGGAUAUUUCAACUAUAACCAUUUAUUUCGAUCCCGUCCACUUGUCAGUGCCGGUAGAUGAGGUUCCAAUUACCAUCACGGUACCUGGACCUAUUCCGUAUGAAAGUGAUGGUGCUGUGCCAUGGGACUUUGGUGGUGAUGUGUAUUGCAAUGGGAAAAAGAAGGAAGAUCAGGCUGCGGUUGAUACCACCGUUUCAAAGGUGGACAAUGCCGGGCUUAGUGGUUUCACUCGCAGCGGGAGGUUGUUUGCGCCUAACACGUUGAGAGGUGGUGAUGUAGAAAAAGAACAGAGAGAUAAGGCCGAGGCUUUAGCCAGGGCAAAAGGAAAGCAGGUGGUGAAUGAGGCUACUCCUAGAUCGGCACAGGCGCCUGUUGAGCCGGAAAGUGAGUUUGACGCUGAAGCCGAGGAGUUUUUGAGAAUUAUUAAGAAGUCUGAGUACAAACUUAUUGAUCAUUUGCAGCAGACUCCAUCCAAAAUUUCGAUCUUAUCUUUGCUGUUGAGUUCGGAAGGUCAUAGAGAUGCUUUGCUGAAGAUCUUGAAGAGGGCCUACGUCCCGCAGGAGAUUACAGUCAAUCAAUUAGAGACGGUGGUAUCAAGUGUUAAUGCCAGCCAUGGGUUGGGUUUCACUGAUCUCGAUCUUACUAUGGAUGGGCGCAAUCACAAUAAGGCACUACACAUUUCGAAGGAGUGUAAAGGAGCGGUGCUUUCACAUGUUUUGGUUGAUACGGGCUCGUCGCUCAAUGUGUUGCCUAAGAAGGCCUUGGCUAAAUUGGACUGCGAGGGAUUGAUUUUAAGGCCUACUGAUCUGGUGGUUAGAGCGUUUGAUGGCUCCAAGAGGGCUGUGUUCGGGGAAGUUGAGCUCCUCGUAAAGAUUGGUCCUGAGGUGUUCAAAUCUGUGUUUUGUGUCAUGGAUAUUCAGUCGAUGUACAACUGUUUGUUGGGCCGUCCAUGGAUACAUGCUGUUGGGGCAGUAACAUCUACUCUACAUCAGAAGUUAAAGUAUAUCUUGGAUGGGCAAGUCGUGACAGUUUGCGGUGAGGAGGAUAUUUUUAUCAGCCAGUUGUCAUCAUUUAAGUAUGUGGAAAUGGACUGUGAAAUAUUCGAAACACCAAGCCAGGCGUUUGAAACCGUCAAGGUGGAGAAUUCCGUUUUUGCCGAAAGAGAGAAGAAGUCGUCCAUUGCUUCUUAUAAACAGGCUGUGGAGGUGGUGAAAAGUGGAGAGGCCCCAAGUUCGGGAAGAGUGAUAGAUGUUGCGGUGAAGGAGGAUAAGUUUGGGAUUGGUUAUCAGUCAGGCCAAGGCUCGUCUGGACAGAAUAAAGGUCGUCGCCAACCAUUCAUAUUCACCAGUGCUGGAAUGCUAGAUCCAGGCCAUAUCUGUGCUGUGGGUGAAGAGACUGAUAGUGACUGCGAGCUCGACGCAUGGAUUAAACCGGGGUUUAUGGUUGAUUUUGGAUCAUUGGAGUAUGGAUUAUUGGGUGGUCAUUUGAAGGAUCCUACUUCUGACUUGGAGUGA